ACUUUCAAAGUUCCUGGAGUCGCGAUAAAGUACGAACUCUCCUGUUAUCGCUAUCAUCCUCAUUGUCCAAGUAUUUCCAAAGCUCCUAAAAUCGCGAAUACUCACUAUUCUGCCAUCGUCAACAACCUGUACAAACAUUCAAUAUGAAGCAACACACAGUGAUGACAGGUUUCAUCCUGCUUUGCCUCAUGGCACUUGAAUUAGAAGCACAUCCCCAUGGCAGACAUCACGGUAGUAAGAAACGAAUCGAAGCUUUCUUACAGAGAUCGGGAAUUUGUGAAAAUUACAACGCCUCUUCGGUAGACGACCGAUCUUCGUGCUCAGACGAGUUCGUCAAUGGCCUCAGCCCCCGGAACUGGGGCCGACGUUCGCUCUCUGGCAUCGUCGAUUUCAUUUGCCUGGAAGGUGGUUUGGAAGCCUCGUCUGCCUGUGUUAUUCUCGACAUCGCUUGCGACACGAUCACUACGGAAACUUCGACAUUGGAGAAAUGCCCCCGUUCUAGAGGCAAUCGCCAAAGACGUGAUGACUCCUCAAGCAGUGAGGAAUCAAGUUCGCAGGAAGACGAAGAUACCCCAAUAACAACAACCACUACUGCCCCAGCGACUGCUACCACGCCAAGAACUCCAGUGCCUAACCCUUAAGCACUGGCGUAAAGAGGGGGGGGGGGGUCUUGCAUGCCCCCCCCCCGAACAAUAAUGAUGAUAUUUUCUGCAUAUUGUAUGUUAAAGUCUAUCAUAAAAUAAGAUUUUUGUAUUGAAAAGGGUCAACAUAAUUUGUUUUCUAGAAAUGUUUCCCCAUUUGUCAUGUCCCCCCCAAAAAAUUGGGGGGGGGGGGGGCUCAUUACGCCACUGCCUGUUUUUCGUUGAUUAUGCCAUGGACCUAGUAGGUCCAUGAAUAUGCUAACAUUAUGUGCAUUCAGUUCGUGCACCCCUUCUCCUUGAUGUCCUACCAAAGUAAAUAUAUAUAUAUAAUUCGUUUGAAUAUUUAUAAUCACAUUUGAUGGCUAAAAACUUGGUACAAAUGAAUUAAAAGUUGUUUUGAAAAAUGAAAAGGUGCGAUUCUAAGUGUGCCCCCCCCCCCAAAAAAAAAAGUAUGCCUAGAUAGAGGUUAGAUCCAAACAUCACAAACUUACUGACACAACCCAAUUGAGCCAUGGUGCAUCAUUGGCAUCAUCGCGACAUUUAUUCGUGUUAUUGAUGAAAUAUCUUAUUUCAACUUUCAGAAAGGUUGCUUUCAUUUUCUAUUGGAAAUUGUUUCUGUUGAAACAAAACUUGCACUUGACUCAUUAUUUAAGUUGCAUAUAUUUAUAAUGUGUAUAAAUUUAUGAAUGUUUCAUUAAGAGCUAUAUUUUAAUUCUUUUAAUAUGUUAAGCUCAUUAGUCGUUAUAGGCACGUGUUCAAGACUGAAUAAGUCAUUGUCAUUCAGUUUGUUACCUGUAUAAAUGUAUGAAGGUUUUAUUGUGAAGCAAAAGAGAUAUGUUUGUAUAAAAUUGACAUGUGAAAUAUUAAUAAAAUCUCUUUUUUAUGUAGAAUA